CAAGAAGUAUGACUCUAUUUUCUGAGUUUCUCAUUAUAGGAUAUUAGCCAGAAGAAUAUAAAGAGACGGAAAUCAUUGAAUACUUCCACAUAAACGGAUCAAGUCUUCCAGAUUAUCUUAGAAAUGUAGGCAUUGUAAUUAUCUGUUUGAAUUGCUAUAUAGAUGUGUUUUACAAGUGGCUUCGAUGUCAAGUAAGAACAAGAAUAGUAAAAGAAAUCGGAUGACAUCAACAGCAAGAAUUAUUUGCAUCAGUUUGUGAUUACAGAUCAGAAUGGAUAAUUACGAUACUGCACUUCUCUGGUCGUAUUCGAGAGCUUCAAGAACGACCUUUAUACUCCAUUCGCUUAUGUGAUUGUUUCUGAGCAAUCCAACCUUGUUAGAUAAAAAUGUUAUAUGAGAGCAUUGUACAAUGGCAUCUUUGACAGAGUGACAGUACUAAUUAUUUAAAUUAAUUUAUAGAGAUAUAGAGAUCGUGGAUGGUAAAUGGGAUCAUAGAAAUUAUCUAAUCAAUAAUUAUUUGAAUUCUAUUUGUCUGUCGGAAUCACUAACUUGGAUGGAUUAUACUUUGUACCUAAACAAAUCAUGAAGACACGACAAGAAGUGAUAACAGAUCUAAUUAUUAACAAUCCUAAUCAUAAAAACAAUCUGUACAAUAAAGACAUCAGUUUCAAUGUUUUAUUUUCCAAAUUAUCAAUCAAAAGCAUAAUUAAAGUAGUGCAAUCAAUAAUCCUUGAAAAACAGAUCAUUUUAUUCACUACUUAGGUUUGGGACUUAGCCACCAUCACUGAAGCAUUCCUCCAAUUUAUUUACCCUCUCUAAUGGAGAUGCAUUUAUAUACCCUAUCUACCAGCAGAAAUACUUGACACUCUUCAUGUUUCUGUCCCUUACAUCAUUGGAGUGCAUUGCAAUCUCAAGGAACGAGUAUUAACACAAUACGACUGCCUUGAUAAGAUUCUCGUCGACUUAGAUCAAGACAGAGUCAUCGGCUGUAAUCUAGUAUUUAGAGAUAUUAUGUUUUUGUUAGAUCUUGCCCUUCCCAGAACAACUUGUAGAAACCCUUGUGAAUUAGAGUUCCAAAUUUUCGUAUUAAGAUGAUGUAACUUAAACAUUUGUUUCUAGUCUGAAUUGCUCUAGGUUUAAUGCUGCUUCCUUAAAUUCCAAUUGUAACUCAUCAACAACAUUGUCCCAUACUUUAUUUACUCUGACAUCCUACAAUAGAAACCAAAAAUAGAGGACAUAUUUGAUAAGGAUCUUUAUAUUGAAUAAUUUACUCCUUUAGAUUAAGAAUUCUACAGGGAAUUCGUCAACAAAACUAUGGUAUUCAUAUUCUUAUAGAGUUUGUAGAUGUUCCAACGCUUUAUUGAAGAAUCCUAUUAAUACUUACAUUAAAAGUAAUUCUUGAAAUAAAACAUUAAAGCAAAUAUUUUUAUUGAUCUACUUCUAUUGAUCAACACUUCAGGGUAUUUCAACAUUUACAAAUUGCAAAACAAAGACUUUGAAGCCAAAUUAUUCAGUCUAAUGAAUGAAUCCAAAUCCUUGAUUCCAGAAUCAGAGAAAUCAAUUCAUUCGCUCUUUGCCCAAUAUCAAAAACAAACCAAUGACUAUUUAAUUCCCUAAAAGAAGUUUCCUGUCCUCUAAAUCGACAAAUCUAAAAUCAUUCAAAUAGAUGCCAUUCAAAAUAGUAUUCACCAAAGCUCACUUAUGUAAAGAAGCACUUAAUCUUAAAAAACCGAUAUCAGUAAUGAAAAUAAAUAGGUCAUCAAUAUCCUCACAAUCAAAGUCCACAAAAUUAAUCCCAUUACUAAAUCUUUUAUACAAAAUGAUGUUACUUCUUAAAUUAUUUUGAAAUAUCCUAAAAAAUCUUUGUCAAAACUUAAAAAAACUUUGGCUGACCAAUUACUUAAAUUAGCCCCUGAAGUCAACGUCGAAUAUAAGCCAAUCCAAACAUCUUAAAUGUUGAGUGUCAGACAGAGCAAACGAAUAUUUAACACUGAAGAAAUGGGUUACGUAAGCAUGUAUAGGACUAAAACCUACAAUAUGUACUGA